ACACAGUCCACACGAACUGUUUACUAUUUAUCUGCCCUAAAUUUAAAUACGCGUCUGCUCUUCCAUCCUCACAUUAAAUUUCAACAUUUAAUGUGAAAAAAUAGCUAAAUUUGAAUUUUAAAAUAUGCUACUGUGACUUAGGGAACUGAAUUCACUUAUGUAAAGUGGAAGCUAGGAACUGAAUUCACUUCCUAAAUUUACUUAUUGAAGUACAUUAAUUCGAAAGAAUGGGUGGUUACAACGGCGAUUUAUCUAGAUCCUUCGCUGAAUCUAAUUUUAGAGAACUCGAUGAUGUCUUCUUGCAGACUCAAACAAGAAUAUGGCUUGGGGAAGUACUGAACAUGAGGUUGGAUGAGCACAUAGACAUAUCUGAUUUGCUUGCAGAUGGGGAUCUUUUGUUUGAAGUCUCCAAAAUACUAUGGAAUAUGCUUUUGGCAAAGUGUGGAGAGCUAAGACAUAUGAAGUACGAACCACUUGGUUCGCGGAGAUGCAGUGGAAGAUAUUUGCCUUAUUCUAACGUUGACUCAUUUUUAAAGAUCUGCAAAAUACUGGGAUUAAAUGGUAUCGAUCUCUUCUCCCCGUCAGAUGUUGUUGAGAAAAAGAACAUUCGGAAAGUUUGCAUUUGCUUAAGGGCACUCUCAAAUAAGGCCCGUUCCAAACAAUUGAAGGUUCCUGACUUCGACUCGGUGACCUAUACGGUAGCCAUGCCAAAAAAUAUGGUGGGUGGCAUUCGAAGGAGCUUGGAGACAUCACAGAGCAGCCUUUCAAGUUCUUCUGGUUAUUACUCCUAUAAAGAAACAAGAUCAAAACUUAUGGAGAGAAAUAAAAUCUCAGAAUCUGAAGCAAACUAUGAUUCUUCAUCUGAAGAGUCUGACGAGGCCGAGAGCAAGUUUGUGGGAGAAGAAUCUUGUUGCUCAUCUAUGAAUCAACUUGAAGAUGAUAAUGCCACAGAUUCAGAUGUAGACAAUUCUUUUGGCGAAUAUUCAGCUGUUGGUAAGAAUGGAAGAGAGAAAAACAGAACUUCUCGAGGAAACGGAAGGAAAUAUAUUAGAGCCAAUGAUAGGAUACACUUUGAUUAUAGUGACCUUAAUGUGGAAAAUGAUGCGUCAGUUGUUGGAGAUUCUGUGUAUGACAACGAAAUGGAAGGUAGUUGUAUUUCCAACUACUUAUCAUUCUCAGAUUCAAUUAUUGGUGGAACUGAUGGUAGUACGCCUGUCCUGCGGAGAGGUGAAGAAAAUAUUUUGAACUUUUUUAUGGCAAUGGAGUCUGAUGGACCAAAUUCUGGUGAACGGACUUUCCAGAAUGGACAUCAGCAUAAAUAUUCUGAUAAUGAAGAUGCAGAGGUUUCAUCAACCACUAGCAUGAGCUCUUUGCUAUGUCGGGUGCAGGCUUUGGAUUUUGAUUAUCAAUUUGAUGCAGAUGAAUGUUUAACAGAAGAAACAUCUGGUUCCUUGCUGGAGAAUGAGGCCGAUCGGCAGCAUAAGGAUUCAUCUGCAAGUCAUAAAGCAUGGAAUGUUGCAACUAAUGAACUCAGUUCUCAUGAUACUAAAGAACCAUCUGUAGGAAAGCCUAAAAGUUCUUACAGUCUCAGUGAGCUCACAUAUUCCUGUUCAGAUGAAUUACUAUCUGCUUCCACACAGCCUCUUACAGAUAAAUUUGUUUCAUUGCACAGAAAUGGCUCAAAUUACUUUGAUACAGAUGAAAGUAAAAAUUUGAUUCGUCUUGAUACUGCAGCAUGUAGAAAUAAUCUUAAGAAUGUGUCUUUAGUUGACGGAAGUGAAGGAAGUGAUGGUGAUCCACAGUAUCUGAAAUUUGUUUCUGAGGUAGUCAGUAGUACAUAUGAACCAUCCAUGACUUUGGAUGGUGUUAACAUGGAUCGGAAUUCUAUUAUUUCUACAAGUUGUUGUGAACAUAUUGAAAAAGGGCACCCUUGUUCCUGCUCCAUCAACAGUUCAGGUGAUGCAAGUGAAGUAUGUGAACCAACAUCUCCAAGAGAUGAUGAUGACAGAAAGCAUAAAGUUUCACAUGUGUUGGAACAGAACUCUUCAAAGGGAAGUCAAGAAACAGAUGCUAGUGAAUUAAAAGACAAACGUCGUAAGAGGCCAUUGCUGAAAACAGUUGCUAGUGGCACUGCACUUGUUGGAGUUUUGUAUCUGUUGCUGCAUUUCAGCCGUAGAAGGAACAAAGAGGAAAGCAGUGAACCCAACAGCAGACGAACUCAAAGUAAGAAGUUACGCGGCAGAGACUUCUCGUAUGGGCAUGUACAAAAUGGGCGUCGAGUAGAUAGUAUAUAUCCUUCUGAGAAACUCAAGUUCAAGAAUUAGGUUCUGCAUUUUUGAGACUUGUAAGAAGCAGGGCUGUUUUUUCAUAUGUUAGUUAAGCCCAUGUCAUUUUAUUUUACUGUAGAAUAAGCAUAUGAGGUUAGUUCAUACAUUAACAGCAUAUUGAAUGGUAAGUUAUUUAGGUUUACCUAUGCUGUUAAAAGAUUAUAAAAAAGAAAAGCAAACAGCUACUAUUUAUUUAUUUCUCUUUUUUACUCAA